UGGAGAAAAAUCCUGGAAUGUUUUCCUCAAAAAUCUUAAUUUCUUUUCGACUGAAGAAAGAAUGACAUAAACAUCUUGGAUUACAUGGGGGGCACAAUAGUGACCGGCAAUUUGACAUCAGUGCUGUUUGAUGAGUCCGAGUGGGAGACGCCUCACUGUUUUAACCCGGGUCACUUCCUGGAUGCAGAGGGCCAAUUUAGGAGAAGAGAUGCCUUUUUACCUUUUUCUCUAGGAAAGAGAGUGUGUCUUGGGGAGCAACUGGCACGGAUGGAGCUGUUCCUCUUCUUCUCCGCUCUGCUGCAGCGCUUCACUUUCUCUUCACCAGCGGGUGUGGAGCCCAGCUUGGAUUUUAAACUGGGGGCCACUCACUCUCCCCAACCAUAUGAAUUAUGUGCAGUGCCACGCUAAAACAAGCAAUGCAUAAAUCAUUUUAUGCAUUUCAGUAAUUAAAAAAAAAAAAUGUUGUAAAAAAGAACCCAAAAUGUGUGGGUCUUUGUGCAAACAUGAUGAUGCAUUUUAGCUUAUUAUUUGGUUGUUCGGAUGUAGACUGGCAAUUGGUUAGUUGGUUAUUUGGUGGUUUAAAUAAUACAACAAUAUUUACAAAUAAAUCCACUGGAAAAAAGGAUCAUGAGUAUAAGUCAUAAAGGGGAACAAAAUAAAUCUAUAAAAAGUGGUAAAAUGUCUUAAAUUCAGUUGUAUCAAAUUUAAGGUAAAAAAGUGCUAUAAUACCUUAAUUAUCAUUUGAAAAGGUUUUAAAUGUGGGGUCGGAAGAAUCAAAAUGUGGCCUAUACUGUGAUUUACUGUGAAGGCUCACUGUAAGAAAUUCAACUUUCGAAAAGUUCUACUAACAAAUGUAAAAAAGUAGCCUGAACAAAGAAUUUUUAGUAGGAGAAGUCAGUUUAAUUUUUUGUGUGAACCGAAUAAAAAUACACACGUCGCUAGCAAAAGUUUUGUUUACUUUACUUAGGUACUCAAGUAUUUGUUCACAACAUAUCCAGAUGUUCUCCCAACUUUUCAAAUUUGAGUCAUCUGAACAAACAAUUUUACAUUGAACAAUA